UUGAAUAAUGGAGCAGCUAAGUGGUUCACUGGAUAAUUAUGAUAGUGAAAUAAUGAUUACAAUAGGGGAAUCCAAUUGAUUGUUACAUGUAAUGCAAAAUAAGUCUCGAUAAAUCACGGGUCUUCCAUCACUGCCGAACGUUCCAGACCAUGCAUCUGUCUCCAUAUAAAGACGUGAUCAUUCUUCUACGACUGUUCCCAGAAGCGGAGGGUUUUCUCGUCCAUCGCACAGAUAUGGAAUCCAACGUUUUCUUCAACCUGUUAUGCAUCGCAGUUUUUGCGAUGGUGAGUGCGCAGUUUCCGGAUAAAUAUGCUGAUGGUGUAGCCCCGUAUGAUGGUGGUUCACAUCCGUAUGCUGAUGGCGGAGACCAGUAUGUCGAUGGUAGGGGACCUUAUCCUGUUGAACCCUAUUCUGAGAACGUCGACCCAUAUGCUGUUGAUCCCUAUACUGAAAGUCGCGACCGAUCUGUUUAUGAAGAUCAGCCAUAUGACAGAUAUCCUGGGGAUUACGUUCCCCGUGACUACAUCAGGAAAUACGGAAAUCCAUAUAAAGAUCCUUAUGAACGAGAUAUCAGAAAAUACAAGGCUGGCUGGCAGUACGGACUUAAACCGGAAGACAUCGAGUUCAUUAUAAGAGAAAAGGCAAUCCCAGCCAACAUGCAUAUUGUGGGAAAACCAUAUUUUGCCCGGGGCCAUUGAAUUCUGUUAUCUGCUACAGGGAGGAAUCGUCCGAAAUACUAUAUUAUGGUGACAAUUUUCAAAUUAAAUUAAAUUUCAGUA